AGCCACAGGCGGGAGGGCGGGGCCCCCGGCGGCGGCGUGCUCUCGCCUUGCCCCGCCCCGCGCGGGCGGCGGGGAACCGGCGGCGCGCAUGCGCUUUCGGCGAGCGGCGGCGGCGCGUUCGCUUGGCGUUACGCGGAGCCUCCGCGCCCGGCCUCCCCCAUGGCCAAGCGGCGCGCGGAACCGCUGGUCUGUUACGCGCCUUUCAAGCGGCUCCUGCGGGAGCCGCCGCCACCUCCCCGCGCCGCCCUGCCCGAACGCCGCCCGCGGAACGAGGCAGCGGGCGCCGGACCCCCCGCCAAGCGGAAGCUGGAGGAGGCCGAGGCGCCGCCGGGAAAGCGUCCCGGGCUGCGGGGCGGCGGUCCUCGAGGGGAGCAGGGCGAUGCGGCGGGCAGGCGGCGGCGGCGGGGCGAGCCCGCGGCGCCCCACGACGGGCGGGCGGCGGAGGGAAGCGACGGCAGGCGGGGCGAGGAGCCGGCGGCCGCCCCGCAAGAAGAAUUCAAUCAGUAUAACUCAUUCUUGUAUUGGAGAGCACCAUUGCCUACAAUUGAUUUAUCUGAUAUUCAGAGCCUACAUGGAGAGACUACAUCUGCUGAUAAAACUCCUUCAAGGACUGAUACCAUGGAGAUUGAGAUGGAGACCUGAUCCAUUGUUUCAUAGUUGUACAUCUACUCGCAGGAAGCUUGUUUCUGUUUGGAUUCAGUUUUUCCUGUGUGGGAAAAAAAUCAACAUGCUUCUGUUUUCAUGAAGGAAGAGUGUUAUAUCAAUCUGAAAAGGCAAGUCAGAGCUGUCAGGUUGGUGGAAUCAUCACAAUUAGGUACUGUUAGCUGGCUGGAGAUAUGAAUUUACAGUGUGGAGAAGGCUAUGAGGCUGUGUUUGUUUAGCAUGAAGGCUUGAAUUCAUGUAAGCAAAGUAGAAGAAAACAACAGAAAAUUAGUUAACUUCUGGAUGUAGUUAUAAAAAACAGUUGGAUAAGUUACACAUGGAAAGAAAAUGGAAAAUAGUUUAGCCUGUCCUGAACAAGAAGUGUAACUGUUGUACCGGAAUAUGAAAUUCUUCAUCAUAAAGCACAAAAAAAUAGUACUUUUUAGUGUUUUUUUUUUCUUUUUUUUUUUUUUUUUUUUCUGUGUAAUACCUAAGCCAAAAAAAUAUCCACCAAAACAUUCCCUUUUCUAUGCAAACCAAAAAUGAGUGUAUUGGGGAUGGGAAGGGAAAAGGGGAUCUAUUCUAUAAGCUGCCAGUGUUCUGAAUGAUUGCAGUCUUCUUGUGAUCACUCAAAGCAGCUAGCUUUUACAUUUUUUUUUAAUCUGUUCUAAAGUUAAUGAUUUUCUUACUCUUUGUGAAAUUAAACUAGCUGGUAAUGUGGAAAUAGCAGCUGUGUGCAGGGUCAUGAAAGGUUAAUGCAGUAUGAAUUGUGUACCUAGUUGACUGACAUUUAGUUUUUUGCAGAUGUUGUGGAUGUUGCAGAAAUCUUUUUUUACAGUAGUUCAAUUAGUUCAUGGCUAUUGUUGUGUUUUGUUUUUUUUUUUUUGCUGUGAAAUAUGAUUGUAAUGUGCUUUUUUGUAAUUUAUUUACAAGUUAAAAUACAAUUAGAAAUAUGUGUUUUCAGUAAUAGGUUGAAAUUUAAAGUUGUAUUGGCAGACUGUCAGACUUGUGAAUGUGACUUGUUUUUAGGUGAGUUUGUCAUAUUUUUGCUGGAGUCAUCUUAAAAUAAAAAAAAAAUCUUUUUACUAACAUAUUUGUGGAUAAAAUGUUGUCUGUGUGCAUUUGCAAGCCUUGGGACUGUUAAGGUUCGAAACUCCUGACUUUUCUCAAGAUUGUUUCUGUAACUUGGUUGUUUUAUUUAUUGUCCUUAUUGAAAAAGAAACAACUUGUCCGCCUUCUUAGUAAACAGUUCAAAACUUUUUUUCAGCAUUUGUACUGUAAAAUAUUUUUAUUGUCAGAGUCCCCUAGUGCUUGCAGAAGAAAGGAAAAGGCUUACUAAAUUGGACGUUUCAUGGUGCUCGUUCAGAUAUGCUUCUAAUUGCUAUCACAUUGGCAAGAUACACAUUUAAAACAAUAUUCAUAUUAAGCAUGCAUUUUAAUAUUAAGUCCAAAUCUAGUUCUCUUAAGAGAUGCUUUAAAAAUGUCCUUAAAAGCCUACGAGAUUUCUGUCAGGAAUGCAACCAUUAUUGUUUAGUAUAACCAAUGUAAAUGAGAAAGAAAGGAAAUACAUUUGUGAGGGUUUUUGUUUGUUUGUUUUUGUUUUUUUUUUAAGCACUAAUAUACUGCCUUUCUGUAUUUGCAGUCUGUCUAAUAUGCCACACCAUUCAGUAUUUCUCAGGAUACACUAUUUUACAUUAUUACUUAUGCAGAUACAUGUAGCUCACCCUGAAAGUAACGCCUCUUAUUUAUUUCUAUGGAAGCAACAACAGAUUCCAGUCAUGAGCAAGAGUCUUCAUGCCAUGCUUAAUAAAAAUCCACAUGGCCAUCUGGAAUAAGGCUUGUCUGUCAUGUUGCUGUCACAACUGCUGAAACACACUGCCCACCACCUCACUGCACUCACAUCCACACUUUGGUCUCCAUCAGCA